CAAAAACGAACAAAAAAAUACAUACGAUACAUCAAAGAACUUUUGCACAAAAGAAAUUUUGUGAAAGAAAAAAUUCUACUAACUUUUAUACUUAAAAUUUUUAAUAGCCCAAAUUUUGUUUGCUUUUGCCAACUUAAAAAAAAACAACAAUAUAGUUUAGGUUAUUUUAGUUAUAUAGCAAACAACUGCCUUGAAAAACUUAAAAAUAAAAAUUAACUGGUCAGGCUGGUGAAUCUAAAUUGGUGUUCCUACCUUUCGUACUUUCUCGUAGCUAGAAAAACUGAAAAAGGAAUUUGCAAUUGCAGCAGCAUCAGAAGCAGCAGCAGUAACAGCAACAGAAACAACAUAAAAAUGUCGACAAGCCAAAAUUCGAGCAGCAAUUCCAAGAGCAAACAAGACGAAGCCUCCUACAGCAGCAGUAGCAGCAUUGAGGAGUUCAAUGAGACCGAAGAACGACGACGAAGGAUUCUCAAAAAUCGAAAUAGGAGCACAUCCUACAUGAACCGCAGCAUAAGUAGCAAACUUCAACCACAGCUUUUGCAACAGCAAAAAGGUGGUGGAAGUGGUGUUAGCAAUAUAAUGUGCAGUUCCGGAGGUGCUAUUUCCAAAAUUGACGUCAAAGCUUCCCCCCAGCAAGGUAAUGUCGCAGCUGCAAUGGCCGGGCCAUCCAAACCUGCCCCCGGCGACCGAAUCACACUUCUCGUAGACAAUGUGCGCUUUAUAGUUGAUCCAGCUCUAGUAACUGCCCAUAGGAAUACAAUGCUCGGCACAAUGUUCAGUUCGGGAUUCGAGUUUGUUCAUCCAAAUGAAAGGGGUGAGUAUGAGGUUGCCGAAGGAAUUACACACACUGUGUUCCGUGCGAUUUUGGAAUAUUACAAAAAUGGAAUUAUAAAGUGUCCACCGUCGGUGUCGGUGCCCGAGCUCAAAGAAGCUUGCGACUAUUUACUGAUCCCUUUUGAUGCCACAACAGUACGCUGCCAAAAUUUAAGAGGUCUUCUGCAUGAGCUCAGCAAUGAGGGUGCGCGUCAACAAUUUGAGGUGUUUCUUGAGGAAUUAGUGCUGCCAUUGAUGGUUGCAUCUGCACAAAGAGGGGACCGCGAGUGUCAUGUUGUUGUACUAUUGGACGACGAUGUUGUCGAUUGGGAUGAAGAGUUUCCUCCUCAAAUGGGUGAAGAAUAUUGUCAAACCGUUCACAGCACUGCAAUGCACAGAUUUUUCAAAUACAUUGAGAAUCGGGAUGUUGCGAAGCAGGUAAUGAAAGAUCGUGGAUUGAAAAAAAUUCGUUGUGGAAUUGAAGGCUAUCCCACGCAUAAGGAAAAAGUUCGCAAACGCCCAGGUGGUCGUGCUGAGGUAAUUUACAGCUAUGUUCAGCGCCCUUUUAUACAUAUGUCAUGGGAAAAAGAGGAAGCAAAGAGCCGACACGUAGAUUUUCAGUGUGUCAAGUCGAAAUCAGUUACCAAUUUAGCUGAAGCUAAUGCUGAUCCACCAUUGGAGCUUGACGCAAGUGGAAAUCCAAUACCAAUACAACAUGUCGCCAUAGCUCCAGUAGAGAUCAGACCAUUUAUUGGAGCCGAUGGUGAAGAGGCUGUUGGAGGGAUACUCAAUGAAAUAGAUCAGCAAGGGUUGGCCGAGGAGCAGCACUAAGAUUCUCAUAAAUACCUAAUUCUCUCUCAUACACAAAACAAAAAUUUCAUUUUUCUUUUUAAAUAUUUAUUAUUUUACUCGUUA